AUGUCGCCUGGAGUUACUCUCGUUAUUGCCACUAUUACAGUGUUGAAUACGCUGUUUCGUGUUAUUGUACUCUCUGCACCGGUCCCGGUCUCUGGAUCCCAGUACUCUACAGGCUGGGGGCUCUCUGUCCGCCUCAGACACCUGUACGCGUCCAGGACGGGCCUGCAUGUGCGGAUCAGCGCCGAUGGGCGAGUGGAUGGGUCUGCAGUUCAGAGCUCCGAUAGUUUAGUGGAAAUUCGUCCUGUUGAUAUAGGCUUUGUUGUCAUCAAAGGGGUAACAAGCUCCUGCUACCUUUGCAUGGAUACAAAUGGAAAACUAUAUGGAUCUCUCAUCUAUAUGAAGGGUGAAUGUUCUUUUGUGGAGCGCAUCCUUCCCAACGGAUACAACAUCUAUAUCUCAGAAAAACAUGGCAAAGCCAUCAGUCUGCAUGGAGGCAGCAUGCAGAGACCCCAUACCCAAGAGAGAGGUUUAAACUCCGGGUCCUUGUUCUUGCCAAUGGUGAGCACACUUCCAGUGGAGCCAGAAAACAUCCACUGGAUGGAUCCUGAAGAAUUUGAUAAGAGGGAUCAAGACCCACAGUCUACACUUGAAGUGGACAGCAUGGACCCUUUUGGAAAAUUUUCUUGGACUUCUAUAAAUAGCCCAAGUUUCGACUAA